AUGUUGGUUAUUCUGGAAGUGGAACUUUUUGUGAAGGUCAGUCUUGUAAAGUAUGAUUUUGAAAUUGUUUCUAUUGACAAUUGUCAUCAAAACUCAACCUGUGUUAACUCAAAUGGAUCUUAUUUAUGUAAUUGCAACGCUGGUCAUUCUGGAAAUGGAACUUUUUGUGAAGAUAUUGAUGAGUGUUCUCUUUCUAUCGACAAUUGUCAUCAAAACUCAACCUGUGUUAACUCAAAUGGAUCUUAUUUAUGUAAUUGCAACGUUGGUUAUUCUGGAAGUGGAACUUUUUGUGAAGACGUUGAUGAAUGUUCUCUUUCUAUCGACAAUUGUCAUCAAAACUCAACCUGUGUUAACUCAAAUGGAUCUUAUUUAUGUAAUUGCAACGCUGGUCAUUCUGGAAAUGGAACUUUUUGUGAAGAUAUUGAUGAAUGUUCUCUUUCUAUCGACAAUUGUCAUCAAAACUCAACCUGUGUUAACUCAAAUGGAUCUUAUUUAUGUAAUUGCAACGUUGGUUAUUCUGGAAAUGGAACUUUUUGUGAAGAUAUUGAUGAAUGUUCUCUUUCUAUCGACAACUGUCAUCAAAACUCAAUCUGUGUUAAUACAAAUGGAUCUUAUUUAUGUAAUUGCAAUGUUGGUUAUUCUGGAAAUGGAACUUUUUGUGAAGAUAUUGAUGAAUGUUCUCUUUCUAUCGACAAUUGUCAUCAAAAUGCAACAUGUGUUAACACGAAUGGAUCGUAUUCUUGUAUUUGUAAUUUUGGUUUUUCUGGAAACGGCUCGUUUUGUGAAGAGUUAGAUUAA